AGGAGUGCCCUCCUUGCCUGCCUUCCCAGGGUACCAAGGAACAUGAGAAAUGGCACAGCAAUCACAGAGUUCAUCCUCCUAGGUUUUCCUGGGAUCCAAGGACUACAAAUCCCUCUCUUCACAGUGAUCUUUCUCAUCUACAUAUUAACGCUUGCAGGCAAUGGACUCAUUAUUACCAUCGUCUGGGCUGAACCUCAGCUACACAUUCCAAUGUACUUCUUUCUUUGCAACUUGGCCUUCCUAGAGAUCUGGUACACCACCACGGUUAUCCCUAAACUGCUAGAAACCUUUGUGGUAACAAAAACAGUCAUUUGCAUUUUCUGCUGCCUGGUACAGGCCUUCUUCCACUUCUUUCUGGGUACCACUGAGUUCUUGAUCCUCGCUGUCAUGUCUUUGGACCGCUACCUGGCCAUUUGCAAGCCCCUUCAUUAUCCCACCGUCAUGACCAGCAAGCUCUGCCUGCAGCUGGCCCUCAGCUCCUGGGUGAUGGGCUUUGCCAUUGUUUUUUGUCAAACAAUGCUGCUCAUCCGGUUGCCAUUCUGUGGCAACAAUGUUAUCAACCACUUCUACUGUGAUGUCGGUCCCAUCUUGAAAGCAGCCUGUGCAGACACCAGCACUCUGGAACUCCUGGGUCUCCUGGCAACCAUCCUUGUCAUCCCAGGGUCACUCCUCCUUACUGUGAUUUCCUACAUCUACAUCCUGUCCACCAUCCUACGGAUUCCCUCAGCCACUGGCCGCCAGAAGGCUUUCUCUACCUGUGCCUCCCACCUGACAGUUGUCUCCCUGCUCUACGGAGCUGUUCUGUUCAUGUACCUGAGACCCACAGCACAUGCCUCCUUUAAGAUUAAUAAGGUGGUGUCUGUGUUAAAUACUGUCCUCACACCCCUUCUGAAUCCCUUUAUUUAUACCAUUAGAAACAAGGAAGUGAAAGGAGCCCUAAAAAAGGCUAUGACUGGUCUGAAGACUCAUCAUGCAGUGUAA